AGCAAGGCUGGAUGACGGCCGAGGCGUCAGCCAGUUAUUUCAUUUUUUCUUGAAAUCCUUAAAAUCCCUGGGACAGUUUGUGGUCGAGCAGCCAGAUGGAGCGGCACCAAUGCGGACGAGCGCCCGGGCGGCGGGCGGGGCGGGGGAGGCGCGAAGAGGCAGCGCUGCCGGCCGGGCGCCGCCAGGGACAGAGCCGGAGCCCGGCACCUGUGUUCGGCCGGCGGCCUUGGCGGGGCGCGGACAGCCCGAGCCUGCCCCGUUCGUGCCCCGCUUCUUUUCCUUUCCCUUCCUUUCCCCGCUCCAGCCCGGCCCGGCCCAGCAGCACUGCGAACCCCGUCCCGCGGAGCCGCGUCCGGCCCCGCCGCCAUGUCGGGCCCGGGCGGCCGCGCCGCGCUGCUGCUGCUGCUGCUGCUGCGGGGGCUGCCCGGGCUGCUGCAGGCCCGGCCCCGCUACGAGCCCACCUGGAGCUCGCUGGACGCCCGGCCGCUGCCCGCCUGGUUUGAUGAGGCGAAGUUCGGCGUGUUCAUCCACUGGGGCGUGUUCUCGGUGCCCAGCUUCGGCAGCGAGUGGUUCUGGUGGUACUGGCAGAAAGAAAAGAGAGAGCCCUAUGUGAAAUUUAUGGACACAAAUUACCCACCUGGCUUCAGCUAUGAAGAUUUUGGUCCUUUGUUUACAGCAGAAUUCUUUGAUCCCAACCAAUGGGCAGAUAUUCUGAAGGCGUCAGGUGCAAAAUACGUUGUCUUAACUUCAAAACAUCAUGAAGGCUUUACUUUGUGGGGGUCCAAAUAUUCUUGGAACUGGAAUGCUGUUGAUGUGGGACCAAAGCGAGAUCUUGUUUCUGAACUAGCAACAUCUGUUAGAAACAGGACUGACUUGCAUUUUGGGUUAUACCACUCCCUGUUUGAAUGGUUCAAUCCUCUCUUCCUUGAGGAUGCCACCAAUGCCUUUAAGACAAGAAAGUUUCCAACCAGCAAAUCAUUACCAGAACUCUAUGAAAUUGUGACCAAGUACCAGCCAGAAGUAAUUUGGUCUGAUGGGGAUGGAAAUGCUCCAGAUACUUACUGGAAUAGCACUGGUUUCUUGGCUUGGCUGUAUAAUGACAGCCCAGUCCGGGACACAGUAGUGACCAAUGACCGCUGGGGAGCUGGCAGCAUGUGUGCCCACGGCGGCUUCUACACGUGCAGUGACCGCUACAACCCCGGGCACCUCCUGCCCCACAAGUGGGAGAACUGCAUGACCAUCGACCGCGGCUCCUGGGGGUACCGCAGGGACGCGCAGCUCCACGACUACCUCGCCAUCGAGGACUUGGUGAAGCAACUUGUGGAAACGGUGUCUUGUGGAGGAAAUCUCCUGAUGAAUAUCGGGCCCACUCACGAUGGUCGCAUCACUGUUGUGUUUGAAGAGCGCCUGAGGCAGGUAGGUGCUUGGCUGAAGGUCAAUGGAGAGGCCAUCUACAGAACGAAACCAUGGAGAGCACAGAACGACACAGUCACACCUGGAGUCUGGUACACUUUUAGCCCUGAAGAAGGGAAAGUCAACGCUAUCUUCCUUAACUGGCCAGUUUCUGGGAUUCUGGAACUUGGUGAGCCACAGGCUAAGCUUGGAGAAACACAGGUGAAGCUGGCUGGGUACAAGGAACUGCUGAAAUGGGUUGCCUUGGGAGAAAAGGGAAUGGUUAUUGCUCUACCUCAAUUGACACCUCAGCAAUUGCCUUGUCAGUGGGGCUGGACCUUACAACUGACUUAUGUAAACUGAGCCAUGCUCUGCUGGAGCCCUGGCUAGCAGGGAAUGCUGAUGUUUUGCUCUUUCUUAUCAUUGGUUUUAAACUUACUUGUUUGACUGAGAAAGACCAAUAAAUUCUCUUUUUCUAUGAGAGGUGGGUUGUCAUUAAGGGAUGGAAUAGAAUGGAACAAACCUCACAAAAAGUCUAGCACUUGGUAAUUGACCCUCUGCACACAGUUUCUUUGAACUUGUGUGAAACAUUGAGCAGCUACCUUGACCUCUACACUUGGUUUAGUCAGUUUCUGGCCAAGUUAUGUGAAGAAUGAGGUGGCGGGGAAAACAGGCACUAGACUUCUAGAGACGAAAGAAAGACUAAAGCCGAAGCUGGUGUUCAAAUGCACAUAAGUCAGUUGUAUACCCUCCUUAAUGCAAGAAAUUUACCUUCCACAAAACUGCACAGUAAAAAGUGAGUUUUAGAGAAAAGAAUAUACUUUUCCCCUGUGUGUUUAGUGGGAGCUGGCAGUAUCAGCUGAGUAGGGUAAUGUCUGCACAAAGGCCCCAUAAGGGUUGGGAAUUAAUCAUACAUGCAUUCAGGCAAUGCAUCUGUACAUCACUGUUUCUUAUCAUGGAAGUCAUUAAUUUUACAUGUUCCUAUUCUUGAGUAACUCCAUCCAUUAUUGGGACACAGGUAAACUGGGAGAGAGUUGGCUUUUUAUAUUUUGUAUAAUUUUAUAUGGGUAAAACUUGCCUCUUGUUUACAGCCUUUGUUUAGACAGUUACCAGGAUGCCUCCUGUGGACUAUUAAACCAAACAUGUACUUCAGUAACUAACUCUUGUAAAAGGAGAAAUAAUCAGGAGUUGCUAGGGAUCUUCAGCUUUGGAAAAGAGACAACUUUUUAAGCAGAGAGUAGACUGCAUCCAACUUGAAAAAUUUCCAAAUGAAGUAUUUCUGUUUCAGGGUAGAGACUGAAGGUUUAUUUUCCCUGAGUAAUGUUCAUAAGCGCAAAAUUAGUACUGUAUAAGUUAAAUUUACUCUUUCAACUCUGUCAGGAUUUUGAGUAGUUGACCAGGUCAGGUUAUUCUCCUCCCUACUAGUAAUGUUAAUACACACACAAAUUAUACAUUAAAAUAUUUUAUUACAAUACAGACAAUUGGGCUCAAAAUUAAUACAAAUUAAGAUAAAAUAUUUACAAGGUAAUGUGUACAGUGUAGCUGUUUGAACAGCAGAAACAAGAGAAUGUCUAAAAAACCACAUUCCUUUAGUAUUAAGUAAUGGAGAGAGCAGACCCCCAGCUUGUUCAAGGGGAACAUGCAUCCAUUGGCAAAGGCUUUCUGAAGAAUGAGAGACUUUGGAACAAGAUUUGUAAAGUUAAGGGGAAAAAGAUUUACUUUGUAGAAAGAAAAAUCUGGGGGAAGAAGAAGAAAAAAGCAUUACUUCAUUCUGCUGCUCUGUGCUAUUCUUAGAUCACUUAUCAUUUGUUCUUCCCAAAACUUACACAUCCCAGGCAAAAAAAUGGGUUUUUUAGUAACUUUCUGUAAUACUGCCACCAAAUGUCUUUUAGAUGCAAUAAAAACAACCCAAGGAAUUACAGAAGAGUUUAACCACUUUUUAAUAGAAAAGUCUUCACUUACACUGUUUUUUUCAAUAAGAAUAUUUUUAAUGGGUGAAACAUAAUUUGGUUAGAAGAAAAUAUGGGCUCACUCCACUUUCCCCAGAGUGCUCUUUCUGCUGCUCUGCCACUCCUACACCAUUAUAAAAUUAACCCAAGUCUCAUCAGUAGUCACCAGGGAUUUGUUAUAAAUACACCAUCCAUUCAUAAAAAUGUGCAGGUCAUUUCUCUAGUUGCUGAGGGGUACUGAAAGCUUCAUAAACAUUAGCAGCAAAAUCUUUCACUUGUUCCAUCAUCAACAGGUCCUG